CUUGAACCUUGCUUUGGUGAUGAUGCAGGGUUUCUGUAUUUUCAAUCACGUUUUUUAUCACUUCUCGUGGACCUACAUGAUUCUACUAAAGUAAAAGGUGGUUUUUUGAACGCACACACCACUGAUGAUAAUUAUAAAUCCUUAGCUGCAGCUCGCAGGGAGCCUGAGCUACUAGCACUAGUUACGUGUACUAAUGAUGUACAUUCAUGUAGUGUAGCAGAAGUGGCAAAGAAGUCGACUGGCUCAGUUUUGCCCUCCCGCUAGGCGCUAGUCCUGGACUGUGGAUGAAUCAUCGGCGACGGUCCGGUCAUGCCUGGCUAAUCCGGCUUCUCGACUCCAGCGAGCAUCGUCACUAGCUAUCGCCGGUAGGACCUCAGGAACGUGUGUGUAUUUGUGUACAAGACUUAGUCCAAGACCUGUGAGGAUCAUCUCCGCUAUCCUCGCCAUCAUCAGCUAUUCACCUAGCAACACUCUGAAGCCACUCUCACCAUGGAACGUGACCCAUUUGCAUCGCAGGAAUUCAUCACAUCUAUAUUGCCUUGGUUGUACACAAUUCCUGCAACCACCCUUCGACAUGCUUUGCAGCGAGAAGGGCUCCUCACAUUUCACAUGCUAAAGGAGUUGGAAGUUACUGAACGUAAUACAGGACACGUAGCGCACAAUGAGGAACUUCUAGCUCUGAUCAAACCGGGAGGACUUAUAGCCUAUAGGGUACUCUGCCAGGCUAUACGUAACAUGGGCACCUAUGAACACAGACUCCUUCAGAUGCAGCAACUUCUCCCAGAAAACCAGUCCCCUUCUACCUCACCAGCGGCUAACCCACCACCAGCAAAUCAACAACCAGGCACCCAGCCGCCGCUCAGCCAGCAAUCACCUAGCCAACCAGCUCCUAUUGCACCUGAUAUUGACGGUGUCACUCCAGAACACCUUUUUGAACUGGAAAGAGCAAAAAGAGAUGAUGCAAGGCGUGGUGACACAACAAGCGUCCGCUUCUUGCACAUUGCAAUUCUUGGAGCUGCACGUUGUGGAAAGACAAGCUUGCUGAAGACCAUACUGGGUGAAGGGCAUGACUCUUGUGAGAAGAGCACGCUUGGAAUGAAAACCUCAUUCGCCGUCACCACAAUGGAAAAUGGCCAAUUCACAGUAUGCAGUGAUGUCAUUGAAGCGCUGCGGCAGCUGUACGUAACAACCAUAUUGAAGGACAAACAAAGCGACUCAGAUCGCUCUACUCCUCCACACGGUGAUGCCGCGGCAAGGUCACAAGAAGUUACGUUUGGCGGAGCUGCACCAUUUCGUCCUGGAAAUCCUUCACGGCAAAACCUCACCAGUGAGACUUCAGUAGGAGAAGAAGACCUAGUGGCAGUGCAACGUGCAAUAGAAGCCAUUCGUUCUGCUGACAUGGUGAAGUACAUCAAGGAAGCUGCUGCCAAACCUAACUUCACCGUGAUCACAUUCCAAGACCUCGCUGGUCAGCAGAUCUACCAGUCUGUACAGCCACUGCUCAUAAUGAAGAACACCGCAUUCAUAGUGGCGUACAAUGCAUCAAAGCAGUUGGAGGCGGAGAUGGAUGAGGGAGAGCUUGAAGAAACGCGGAGGGCUGAAACACAAGUCCUCCGUGCGACUUUGCCAAGUGAUGCUACCCGCAUUGAUCAAAUAUUCUCAUGGCUCGACAUGCCACUCUUCCAUAGCAAAUCUGAUCACACGGACAAGAAUGCAGGAGAUGUGUUCAUGGUCGGUUGUCAUGGAGACCAAUAUGACAAAAAGAAGGUCAAGGAAACCCUGCCAGAUCCGAGAGUGUUGCUUCACAAAAGGAUCAGGGAAUCGCGGUACAAGCGACUUGUAUCGAAUCAAGAGUCACACUUCCUAGUCGACAACACCAAGUCCAAGUCAGGUGACGAUGAUGGUGCGAAGGCCCUGAAGAAGGCCAUAGCUGAUCGCUGUGAAGCCAGCAGGCUCGACAUUCCUGUGACAUGGCUGCGCUUUUGCAUGGCCAUUGAGCUGUUGAAGACAACCAUCCAGGUACCAUGGCUGGACUUAAAAAGGGUUCAAGGCAUUGCUGAAGACCUGGAUGCCAUCGAGAGAGACGACGAUGAAGGGAUGAAGAAACUGCUGAAGUACGGCCACGAGUCCGGUCAUUUGGCAUACUUCCCCACUGAUGAACUCAAACACCUCGUUAUUCUGGACAAGCAAUUUGUCCUGGAUUGUGUGACUGCCCUGGCAGACAUCGACUUGGAGGAAAGCUGCGAUGCCGUGUCGCCGCCGUCUGACUACGAUGAAGAACGCUAUGGCAAGGGCUUCAUAUCUGAAGCUUUGGCCAGGUUUGCCUUCAACCAAUUUGCCAAAAAAGCAGAGAAGACAGCAAAGUGGAAACGACUUCAGGACCAUCAAAAAGAAUGGGACAAUGCAUUCCAUAUCCUUCAAGAGCUGUCAGUCCUAGUUAUCACUCAGCCCACUGUUGGCAAUGGACAACAGAAGCAAGAGUUCAUCAUGCCAGCAGUAGUACCCAACGAAGCACUAGAAGAAGCCAGAUCUGCUUAUCUGUCACCGCCAGCAUUCGUAUGUCUUGAGAAGACAGGGGAAGAAGGACACCAAAUCCCGUUUCCUGUCUUUCUGUACUGGCAAUGCGUGGUUAAGAUGCUCAAGGAGUCGUCAAACCGCAUCGAUUGUAGUCUAUCUUUCAAUGGAGUGCGGCUAUACUGGGUCAAGGAUGGUUGGCAGUGGUUACGGCUUAGCUAUGCCCGGUUCGGUGUAAGAGUUUGUCUGGAGCGGAGCUCAGAAGCACAGGAUUGUGCCAGCACAGGCCAGUCAGCGCUAGCACUGCUCAAGUCAACUGUUGAGAAUGUGCUAAGUGAAUGGUCGGGAAAGGGCAAGCUGCAGGCAAGCGUUGUGAAGGUUCUUCCAUGCCCACCGGACUGUAAGCACCCUUCUGGCGUGAAAUGCUUGGAGCAUGGGAGAAAGUCCUGCAACAACAGCUGCCCACAUGCUCUCCACAACGUUACUGUGGGUUUGGCGCCUGUUUGCCGUCUUCCUCGCCCUCCAGUACUGCGGAUGAUACCCCAAGCAGCAGAGGUUUGGCUCGGCCUUGAGCAGGUUGAGGGAGACUUCGUUCUUCGUUCCUCUGGCUCCGGUGGCGACGGACUCGGUGAUGUCGGUGAAGUCGGUCUCUUGCAGAUCAGGUCGCAUGCAGAUUUUGUCGGCUCACUCACUGGCUUGUUCAACAACAAAGAAAAGAACGAGUUUCUUGACCAACAGCUCUCUGACAUGACAGCAUGGAAGAGUGACGUCUUCACAGAACUUCGGCCUGACCUGGUUUCCACGCUAACUCCAGGUGAUAUGCGUCGCCAGUGUGAGGCUAAGAAGUUGAUUACGCUUGCACAGCGUCAGCUAUUUGCAUCAAACACUGGCCGUGCAGCGCAGAAUGAGGAAUUGCUCGAUGCACUAAGCACUGGUGAUGACGAAUCCUUCCACACCUUCCUUGAAUGCAUCCGUGAAGUCGAGCCACCACCCAGCGCGAGAAGGUUAUUGGCCAAGCUGGAACCCGUCGACAAGUUCCGGGGUGAGGGAGACUUGAUUCUGAGGACGCAAGCGGCAAAGUUGCCUUCGUCUGGCUCCGGUGGCGACGGACUCGGUGAUGUCGGUGAAGUCGGUCUCUCGAAGAUCAAGUCGCAUGCGGAUUUUGUCGACUCACUCACUGGCUUCUUCAACAACGAAGAAAAGAAGGCCUUGGGGCGGGAUGCUGUCAAAAAGGUCAAGCCUGACCUUGAAAACAACAGCCACACUGUGCUCAGCGACUUCCACGAUCAGAACGAGGGCAAGAUGAUUGGAGCUGGCCAUGGUCACACCAAUCUGAUGUGCAUCAUUUUCUACCUCAUCAAGCAACUCAGAACGGAGAUGACAAUCCAUGAACUUUUCAAGUUCCUUGCCAACCGUGUUCCGGAAUACAAUCACAUUAUCCUUCAGAAACUGAGAGCUGCCGAGUACAAUCCACGCGACUAAGUGCCCUGAACAGGCCCCUGCCACUGUCAUGGAACUUGAUGGUGGUGGUGCUGCUGCUUCUGUAGCUGCUUCUGACGUUCCUAGUGCAGCUGCAGCGUGACGCAGGACUUUAACUCGCCUACUCGCGUAAAACGACAUCAUCGGGUGUUUCCUGCUGGCCUGAUCGCCGCAUGCUGCACACUGAGUAUCAAGCUAAGCAAAGAGAUGACUGAUUUGUGCUGGACACAACGAUGAUGCCGUAACUGCCAUGCAAUCUAUGUAUACGUGGCCAGUUACAUGUAAAUUAUAUGCAUGCAUGCACACACACACACACACACACACACACACACACACACACACACACACACACACACACACAGGUGAUGUGAGGUUCAGUUUCCGCGAUGGCAGCUUCAAGCCGCGUUCUGGCAGUGAGCAGUCAGCCAUCACACAGCAUAUACACACCCACUGCAGUACAUUCAUCUAGUACGUAGAAACUAGGAAUAGACCCCGACUUUUUUUUUAACUUGUUUUUUUGCAGCAGUUUUGCGUGCCCGCAUCAAGCUGCAGCAUGCAGUACUAUUGCCAGAAGCUGGUGUACUGACUGAUUGUCAGUUUCUACUGCUGGGUUCCCGGCACAUACACGUGCAUCCGCAAUGCAAACUGCUGGUGCUGACGUCCAUUCAGUUAUUUUCUGCUUAGAUUACGGCGUGCGUGUGCAGUGCACGCUAGAGGUGAUGGUUGUGUAGGUUUGCUGUUUUGUUGAACUGCAUUUGUACCGUCUUGCCAACUUGACUCCCUGCUUGGCCUUUCAGCGGCCAUCCAUGAUUCUCUGCAUGAUCUUUUUUCGUGAGCUGCUUUUACUUUGUAUGUAAAUAGGCCUGCUUUUAGAACUCCUAGAAAGUGUUGCAUGAACUAGUGACGUAGUGUUCCCAUAACACUGCGACUCCAAACACUUGAAUUGAUUAAUGAUUUUUACUAACUGGUUUGAGGGAAAGACACAAACCAAAGAUUUUAAUGAUAUGAUUUUAUCAUGUUUAUUAGUAUAUGUUUCUUCAGUGUUAGUGUUUUCUUGCCUUCUUGCCAAAUUGUGUCUGUGUGUACGUGUGAGUUUUCUCUUCUUUCGUUCUGUUUAGGUCACCUUACAAGUGAUUGUUUAGUUUGCUGGCCUUGCCAAUUCAUUAUUGUGUCACCACGAUGUGUUAGUUCUAGAACAUUCAUCUGCCUGCAUUAUUCGUCUUUAUAUUUCGGGUUUUUUUGCCUCCCCUUCCUCAAUGCUCUGAUGGUGCCCAAUGGGCGAAAUAUUGGCAAAGUUACUAUGA